AUGUGGACAAAUGAUCCUCGACCUCAAUCAUCUUCGCCAAGUAGAAGAGGAUCCAUGCCAGCUCAUUCUCUCAUGCAAAAUAAAAAUGGACGAACUUCGCUGAAGCCACUCAAUCUGUCGCAUAUCUCACACGCAAAGGAUUCGGGAAAUAUUUCCGAAGACUCUCCCAGAACACCUCCACCAUCACUCAACGUUGUUAGUCUGCAUUCCCCAGGGCGCUCAUCUCGAAAUAGAAACCGGCCGUUCAUGAUUAAUUCUUCGAACUCGUCCGAUGACAAUCUUGGAGAUUACUCCGCCAUGUCCUCAGCCAAAUCGAUGGCAGAUCCAAAUCGGAGUCACUCUCCCGAAAUGAAAAUGUCUCUUCUUCGGAAAAUCCAGUCCAAAGUUCUCCUGAAAGAAAAUGCCGCAGCAUCAAGAUUGCGUCGUCCUCCAAGGCGGCGACGAUUAAAACGACUAAAAACUGUUGAUAUCAAGGAUGAGGAGCGCGCCCAGGAUGGAUACCAAUCCGAAAUCCUCAACGAUCUCUAUAACUAA